UUCCAGGUUUAUUCCAGAUCUCUCAAGAUUUGUCCAGAGCGGCGAAGACGAGAAAGAAGUAAAAACUAGUGAUAAAAUGAGUACUAAGUUCAAAGAAGAAUCUGAAGGUGAAACUUCAAAGGAAAACAGGAAGAGAAAAUACGUGAGACUAUCUAUAAAAGAUAAGUGUCGCUUAGUACAAGACGUUGAAAAGGGCAUGCUCAAACGUGAUGCUGCAAAGAAAUACAAUAUAGAUCAAGCCGCAGUAACUUACAUACUGCAAAAAAAAGACGAGUACUUGAAUGCCAAUGGAAACAAUUGUUUGGAAAAAAGGACUAGGCUAACUAAAGGGCAACAUCAUGUAAUGGAAAUGGCGCUCGUUGCAUGGAUUAAACAGCAACGGAGUCGGGGUAUUACAGUUAAUGGGCCGAUGAUCCGAGAAAAGGCUUCAAUGCUAAACGAGCAACUUAUAAAAGUAGAGAGAAGCGAAAAAGAUCAAAGUUUGGAAUUGAGUAAACCUGAGAAAAAAUUCACAGCCAGCGAUGGCUGGUUAACAAAGUUUAAAGCCCGACAUGGGAUGCGAGAAGUAAGACUGGCGUCUGCAGACACUGAAUCAGCUGACAAGGCCGGGUUCGAAAUAAGACAAUUUCUUGUCGAGAAUGGAUAUUCCUUGGAUAAUGUGUAUAAUGCGGAUGAGACUGGAAUUCUCCACAAAUCACUGCCAGUCAAAACUCUUGCAUUUGCGGAGGAAAAAUGCCCGACUGGUUUCAAAGAUAGUAAAGAAAGAGUCACGAUCAUGAAUUGUGCUAACGCUACCGGAUCACACAAAAUUCCGCUUCUCAUUAUAGGAAAUUCAGUCAAACCGAGGUGUUUUAAAACUGUGAAGGUGGAAUUUCCGGUAAACUAUGCGUGUCAAAGUAAUUCGUGGAUGACCGGAAAAAUUUUUUUCGAAUGGUACAAAACCGUUUUCAUAAAUUCUGUGAAAGCCAGAAAACCGGAUGAAAACGAGAAGUUUUUGUUAAUAUUAGACAACGCGCCUUGCCAUCCUUUGGAAGAAGAGUUAAACAAAAUCGAUCGUCAAUUCAGGGUAUUAUAUCUUCCCGUAAACGUGACCUCUUUGAUUCAGCCGAUGAAUCAGGGCAUUACUGGAAGUAUGAAAAGAAAUUAUAAACAAAUCUUUUUGCGACGAAUGCUAUUUGACGACAAAUCUGGAAAUAUCGUCAACUUCGUGAAAAGUUGGACACUCGUUGACACCGCUUUUGCCCUAGCAAGUGCUUGGAACAAUGUUCCUGAGAUAAUAAUAACAAAAUGUUGGAAAAAAUUACUAGAGGACCAGGUUCCGGUCGUUGAAGAGCCCGAUCCCAUCGCAACCGAUGUCACAGGCCUCUUGAAUUCCGUAACUUUUUCUGAAAUUCACUCGAAUAAGGAUGUUGAGGCAUGGUUCCAAGAAGAGGAAAAUCUAGAGAUUUGCAGGACUCCCACGUUCGAGGAAAUUAUGGAGAACGCCUUUUACGCUGAAAAUGUGAAAUCCGAAUUUGAUGACCAUCAAUCCGCAAUGGAUGAUGCAAAAAGUAGAGCCACAGGUCCGCUUGGCGAAAAAAGCACGAGCAACCCGAAAGAACCCUACAAACAUUUUUUGCAUUUUCGCGAGUGGUUCGAAGAAAAUGGUCAAUGUUCAAGCGAUGACAUCGAGAAGCUAAAUCAUAUGCAAGACUUUGUCGAACAAAAGUUGUUUAAUUUUAUGACUACUGCUUCCGGAUUAUAAUUUCCAUUACUUUUUAUUAUUUAUUAAUGUAAUUUAAAAAUUAUACUUUAAUAUAUCCUUAAAUUGUUGUAAAGAAUCGCUAUUCCUAAGAGAAAAUCAUGUAGGCUAUUUAUUUGUUAAUAAAAAAUCAUCUUAAUGGA